AUGGAGGUCCCCGGGGCCACCCUGGCUGUCCCGCUCCUCUCCGCAGCCCCCCGUGAGUCUGUCCUCCCUUUCUUUUGCGCUGUCCCCUGCCGCCCCCUCUCCCCACUCUCUGGCCACGGCUUGGGCCACAGUGCCAAAAUCUUGUGCCCGAGCCCUGAUCAAUCUGUCCUAUUUCUCACGGUUGGUGCCAACACCCUGACCGCCUGCUGCUUCUCCUACAUCUCCUGGCAGAUCCCGUGUAAAUUCAUGGAUGACUAUUAUGAGACCAGCCGCCAGUGCUCAAAGCCCAGUGUCAUCUUCCAAACCAAAAGAGGCCAGGAGGUCUGUGCCGACCCCAAUGAGGACUGAGUCCAGGAAUACAUCACUGACCUGGAGCUGAGUGCCUGAGUGGCCUGGGAGCUGCAGGGAAGGUGUUACAUCUAUGGUAGAUGGGGGAGCAGAACAGUAACCCUGGGACUCCAAAAGGCACCUCUUCUGUGGGUCGCAUCCCCG